CUGCGCAGUUGUCCCUGACAACACAGAAGAGCUCGCGCGAGGGCGUUAGCCGGUUAGCUUUAGCAUAACACGAACACCUCGGUGUCAUGGGCUUGCACGAAAGCAGAAGCAGCAGUAGAGAGUGAGUGAGCAGACACUUCAAAGCAAGAGAGUGAGGACUUCACUGCCUUCAUGGAGGAGCCACAGGACGUGCUGGAACUUCCGGCAAAGAAAGCCCGGCAUGACCUGAAAGUCACCCAGGACAAGGAUCCAAGGGGUGAGAUUUCUUUUGACAACAGUAACUCCCCUGACAGGAGUGAUCCAGCUGUUUUAGGGUCAGAUGUCACCACCUACCCUCCAACAUCUGCAACUCACCUCGAUACAAUUUCUGGAAGUCAAGAACAGUCAAAUCAAGAAAUAUCAAGAACCAAGACCUGUGACACAGAUAGCUCCUAUAAUGAUAAAGUUGAAACAUGCAAAGAGCUCACAGCCACAGCCUCUGAAUAUACCUCACAGAUCUACCAAGGAAGCAACCCUGCAGUUACUGCUUAUGGAAGCCAGGUGGCUUUCCCUUCUCUGGGCCAGUCAGCUGUGUACAGCACCUUCAGUCAAACAGGCCAGACGUACGGCCUGCCCCCAUUCGGUGCCAUGUGGCCAGGCAUUAAGAACGAGCCGGGGCUGCUGCACGAGGUGCCCCCUGCUGGCCAGAUGGGGUUUCUCAACUUCAGCUCAGCCUAUACCACAACUCAGCAGGGCCAGGCACACUACUCCUACCCCAGCCAAGGUUCCUGCUUCACUACAUCCAGCGUGUACACUAACAUGCCCUCAGCCACCGCUGUUACAACAGCCCCAGCCACUGUUACACAUCAGGACUUUUCCAGCUAUAAUUCUCUGGGACAGAACCAGUUCCCCCAGUACUAUGCCCCACCUCCUAGUUACCUGCCAGCUGCUCCACCCAGCAGUGAAGGGGAUGGAGCAGGUGUGGUGGACCCGAAUUACACUGCCGUCAAGACCGAGAACAGUGCCUCUGCAGGCCUGCCCAGCGCCACAGCCACCUCUCCAGAUGUGACCCUCACAGCAAGUGCGUCUCUGCCUGCCGGAGCUCCACUGUCUGCCGCAGCCCGAGACCAGGAUGAAAGCGCCCGUAGGAACCCUCCCAGCAAAGCUAAAGGCAAAGCCAAGAAACCAGACAGUUCUCAGUCUGCUGACAACGACCUGGAGAGAAUCUUCUUGUGGGAUCUGGAUGAAACUAUCAUCAUUUUCCACUCUCUCCUCACGGGGUCAUUUGCACAGAAGUUUGGCAAGGACCCAGCCACAGUCCUGAACCUGGGGCUGCAGAUGGAGGAGCUGAUUUUUGAGCUAGCAGACACUCAUCUGUUUUUCAAUGAUCUGGAGGAGUGUGAUCAGGUCCACGUUGAAGAUGUAGCCUCUGAUGACAACGGACAAGAUCUAAGCAACUAUAACUUUGCGAGUGAUGGCUUCAAUGGAGCUGCUGGAGCAGGGGGGCAGGGCUCCACUGCAGGAGUGCAAGGAGGAGUGGAGUGGAUGCGGAAGUUGGCCUUUAGGUACCGCCGCCUCAAAGAGAUCUACAAUGGAUACAAAGGGAACGUAGGAGCUCUGCUGAGUCCCCUGAAGAGGGAGCUGCUGCUCAGGGUGCGCUCUGAGAUUGAGACCGUGACUGAUGGCUGGCUGAGCACCGCCAUCAAAUCUCUCCUGCUCAUUCAGUCGAGGGGUAGAUGUAUGAAUGUUUUGGUCACCACCACUCAGCUCGUCCCGGCUCUGGCUAAAGUUCUCCUCUACGGCCUGGGAGACGUUUUCCCUGUCGACAGCAUCUACAGCGCCACUAAAAUAGGAAAAGAGAGCUGCUUUGAGCGUAUUGUGUCUCGCUUUGGGAAGAAGGUGACCUAUGUGGUUAUAGGAGAUGGCCGAGAGGAGGAGUUUGCAGCUAAGCAGCACAACAUGCCCUUCUGGCGUAUCUCUGCUCAUGGGGACCUGGUGUCGCUGCACCAAGCUCUGGAGCUGGAUUUCUUAUAGAGCUGGAGCAGCUGGACGCUAACAGAUAACCUCACACGUUGCAAGGAGGUCUUCGGUCACACCUUGGCUCAAAAUAACGGACAUCCACCCUUCACCUUACGGACACCUGCUGGGAGCUGACUAAGGCGGAGUUUGUAAAGUCAGUGCUUAUAAACUGGAGAAGACUGUGCUGACGGAAGGCUCUUUUUACCCCUCUCAGCCUCGGCUCUCCACUAACUUUGCGGCAGCUACGUUACCCUGGGGCUGAGCCUGGCACUGCUACACAUCUUUAAAGACGUGAUCCAUGUGAACAUGACCAUGGCCCACUUACUGCCAGCCCACUGCGAAAGGGCUGCUAACGUAACCAUCUCCAUCACAACUGGAUUCACCAAAGGAAAGACCAAAGGUCUGCACUGGCAUGAAAGCUUUUGGGUGAUUUUUGUUAUUUUCAGAUUUUAUCCUCUCGUUUGUGUUCUUGAUCAUGCAUAUAUUUGCUUUAAAAGUCAUUUUGCACUCAUUCCAAAGCGUAACAUUAUAGAGAAU